CUCCCCGCGUCGCAUCAUGAGCGCCGAAGCUCCCAAAAUCGUCGACCCCGAUGCCAAGGCGGCACCCAAGCCAGACACCAAGGAACUGGCCAAACCAGCAAAGGCUUCGAAGCCAAGAAUCGACUGCAUUGAUGGCUGCCGCUUUGCCCUCGUUUUCCCCAUUGUGGUGGCACACUUUGCACGAUUCAGCACCAACAAUUUGACGGCUUUGAAACUUCUGACCCAGGAGAAUGUCUUGGUUGGCGGUUUCUUUGUGAUCAGUGGAUACGUCUCGGCUUACACCACCACCAAGCUGGGAGUGAUGGCGUACUAUCCACUCCACUUCGCCAGUUCAGCCCUUUUUGCUCCCAUGUUCAUUUGGGUGGAGAGGAAUUUCAAUGCCACGUGGAAGAUGAUUGCGUUCCGUGCAUUUUUGAAUUUCAGCAUGCUGCAGGCAUGGUUCCCCAAAGAGGCUGAGAUCUGGAAUCAGCCCACCUGGUUCUUGUCAGCCUUGACCUUCUCGAACUUGACCAUGCCAACGUUCGUGCUGCCACAAGUGGCUCAGCUGACCAAGGGAGGUCUCCAGAAGCUCUUCAUGGCUUUGACUGGAAUCUCUUUGUUGCAGAAAGUCUCCUAUUCUGAGACUGCUCGUUUCCACAGCAGCAAGGAACAUCCUGUGGAUGGCAAGGUGAUGCAUCCUUUGAUUUGGAACUUGACCCGUUUCCACCCAUUCUGGGCGCUGAUGGAGAUGACGAUGGGCAUUGUGGCUGCUCGACAUGUGAUGUUGGACACUGAGGAAGAUAAGAAGAAACCCAAGAUGAACCCAAUUUGGCUUUUCCUGGCGGCCUACGCUUCGCUGGGUUUGCGCCUUACUCAGUUCGACUUCAACGACGCCAUCGUGCGUGGAGUGCUCUUUGUGCCGAUCUUCACCAAGUUCUUGACGGCCAUGCACCGAGAUGCACUGUCUUCCGAGCCAUCUGCCAUCACGAGGUUCUUCGGAUGCAAGACGAUGGCCACCCUUGGUUCCAUCGCCUUCCCAAUGUUCAUUGUCCAUGGACCUUUGGGCCAAAUCUUUUACAAGAAGGCCAUUGCCAAGAAGCUUUGGGGAAAGCCAAUGCCACAUGCUUUCUUCCCAUUCUACCUGGCCAUUUGCUUGGGCAUCAGCCAUUUGGUGAAUGAGCACUUCGUGAAGAACAAGAAGGUGGGUGCAUUUGCCGGCAAGGCUCAGACCCUCACCAGGAUGCGGAUGAAGUUGCACACGACAAUCCGCAGCUUGGGUUUCGGAUGUUUCGGUGAGCAGCUGCAUCUGCAGCUGACCACACGAUGGUUCCGGAUCAAAAAAGAGAUGCCGCGUCGGCUGAAGCUAUUGACGCCUCCAUUGCCAAAUCCACCCAAAUCCUGCCGCAAACACUCCCCGCGUCGCAUCAUGAGCGCCGAAGCUCCCAAAAUCGUCGACCCCGAUGCCAAGGCGGCACCCAAGCCAGACACCAAGGAACUGGCCAAACCAGCAAAGGCUUCGAAGCCAAGAAUCGACUGCAUUGAUGGCUGCCGCUUUGCCCUCGUUUUCCCCAUUGUGGUGGCACACUUUGCACGAUUCAGCACCAACAAUUUGACGGCUUUGAAACUUCUGACCCAGGAGAAUGUCUUGGUUGGCGGUUUCUUUGUGAUCAGUGGAUACGUCUCGGCUUACACCACCACCAAGCUGGGAGCAAUUGGAGUAGAAGAGAAGAAAGUGGCAAAUCCAGAGCUCUUCUUUUGGCAAAGGGUGAUGGCGUACUAUCCACUCCACUUCGCCAGUUCAGCCCUUUUUGCUCCCAUGUUCAUUUGGGUGGAGAGGAAUUUCAAUGCCACGUGGAAGAUGAUUGCGUUCCGUGCAUUUUUGAAUUUCAGCAUGCUGCAGGCAUGGUUCCCCAAAGAGGCUGAGAUCUGGAAUCAGCCCACCUGGUUCUUGUCAGCCUUGACCUUCUCGAACUUGACCAUGCCAACGUUCGUGCUGCCACAAGUGGCUCAGCUGACCAAGGGAGGUCUCCAGAAGCUCUUCAUGGCUUUGACUGGAAUCUCUUUGUUGCAGAAAGUCUCCUAUUCUGAGACUGCUCGUUUCCACAGCAGCAAGGAACAUCCUGUGGAUGGCAAGGUGAUGCAUCCUUUGAUUUGGAACUUGACCCGUUUCCACCCAUUCUGGGCGCUGAUGGAGAUGACGAUGGGCAUUGUGGCUGCUCGACAUGUGAUGUUGGACACUGAGGAAGAUAAGAAGAAACCCAAGAUGAACCCAAUUUGGCUUUUCCUGGCGGCCUACGCUUCGCUGGGUUUGCGCCUUACUCAGUUCGACUUCAACGACGCCAUCGUGCGUGGAGUGCUCUUUGUGCCGAUCUUCACCAAGUUCUUGACGGCCAUGCACCGAGAUGCACUGUCUUCCGAGCCAUCUGCCAUCACGAGGUUCUUCGGAUGCAAGACGAUGGCCACCCUUGGUUCCAUCGCCUUCCCAAUGUUCAUUGUCCAUGGACCUUUGGGCCAAAUCUUUUACAAGAAGGCCAUUGCCAAGAAGCUUUGGGGAAAGCCAAUGCCACAUGCUUUCUUCCCAUUCUACCUGGCCAUUUGCUUGGGCAUCAGCCAUUUGGUGAAUGAGCACUUCGUGAAGAACAAGAAGGUGGGUGCAUUUGCCGGCAAGGUGGCUCAAAAAUUGGCUGGCUGGACUGAAGGCAUGUUGCGUGACAAGUGAGGCCAAAUAUGGCCUUAGAUGGCCUAAAGCUAUGGCAUAGCUAUGGCAUAGCUAUGGCAUUAGAUGCCAAAAUAGAGACAAAGUGCGAAACCAAUAGGCAGCUGCCAGAGGAUCAAGAGGAACAACCGGCCGAUGGCCAAGUGUUGAGGCUCAGACCCUCACCAGGAUGCGGAUGAAGUUGCACACGACAAUCCGCAGCUUGGGUUUCGGAUGUUUCGGUGAGCAGCUGCAUCUGCAGCUGACCACACGAUGGUUCCGGAUC